AUGGCUUCAAGACUUAUCAAGGAGGAUGCACUCAUCAGGAAGGACCGAUUCAAGCGUGCUGGUGCGUUGUCUUUCCGCCGACCCAUUACCAGUCCGUUCCUCAUGCUAACGAUCGGGGGUGAAACAGAUGAGGCCCGUCAAACCCUCACACAAGAGCUCCACACCCUCGGGGCAUCCGUUGAUAUGGAGCUCCGUGAACGCAUAACCAACAUUCACUCCAAUGCCAAUGCUCUUGAGAGUCAAAGCAAGACCUUGAGGAACCGCACCGCUGCUCUCGGGAAGACUACCCGUCAGUGGAGUGGCAUGGCAGAUGGAGCUAGAACCAAAAUCAAGGUUUGCUCUCACCCCUUCCCGUACGCCCCCGGCACAGUUUGCUGAUUUGUGCAGGAAAUUGGGGACGUCCAGAACUGGGCGGAAAUGAUCGAGCACGAUCUCCUUCUCAUUGAAGAAACCCUUAGAAUUGUCCAUGAGGAUGAACUUGAGGACGAUGAUUCCUAAAUUAUUUCCUCUUUCACGACGCUCACGAGACUUAAAAAAAAAACUUGACAGCUUCUUCUGUAUAUUUCCGUUUUCUUUGUUCUUUUUUUUUUCUUUUUUUCUUCCCUCCACUAUCCAUACUUUACAGGCGGGUAGUAGUGGUGUGUUCUCUGUUUGUAGUUCCUAUUUUACUCUGGAGUUGACGUCGGUAUUUUCCUUUUCCGGAAAAGUACGUAUUGCCGCUCAUUGGUUCGCUUGUUUGCUCCUCUCUCUCUUUCUCUCUAUCUCAAAACCUGGUGCACGGGUGUGUGGGUGUGUGGGUGGGUGGGUGGGUGUGCUGCUGUUUCAGAUAUUUGCUGGCCGAUGAUGAUGAUGGUGAUGGGCGAGAUUACGGCAGGGUAGGUAGGGCAUAUCCGGACAGGGGAGCGGAGCGGAAGGGAAACGUGGGGGAACGGAUAGGGAGAGGGGAGAGGGGGGGCCUUAUUAAUAGGUUUUAAAUAUAUUUUUAAUUCCUUUUUUUCUAGUGUUUGGGACUAUUAAUAUCGUAGCAUGGGCCUAGGAAGUGAGCAAAUGAGGUUUACAGGUGCUUGAACUAUGUGAACUAGGAUAUGGCAUUUUAAUUAUUGUAUGUGAUUCACUUUAUGUGGGAUGGGGGUGUUGGAUGACUAGCGUAGAGGACGGAAGGAUGAGCGGAAGGGAG